AUGUCGAAGCCUCAAAUUACAGUAUACAAUACUCAGGCUAGUCCGUAUGGUCACUAUGUGGAAAUCGCCCUCCGGGAAGCCAAGGUCGAAUACACCUUUUACGAAGUGGACCUACAAAACAAACCAUCUUGGUUCGUUGAUAAGGUUAACCCAGUAGGAAAGGUGCCUGCCAUAACGUACGGAGGCCCCGUGGUGCCGCCAAACGAGCCAUCUCCAGCGUCUUUUAAACUCGCAGAAUCCCUCGUCAUUCUAGAGUUUAUCAUAGACCUCUUCCCAGAAGCAAACCUUCUUCCCCGCGACCCAGUUGAACGCGCCUCAGCACGUUUCCUCGUCAACCUUUUUGCUGAGAAACUUCGAACUGCCUAUAUCAAUGUACUGGUUAACAGAGCCUCUACCCAGGAGUUCAUCACCGCGAUCGAUGAAUUACAAAAAUACAUGCCCGCACCAGGUGACAACAAGGGACCGUACGUCAAUGGAAGCACUUUCACGAGCAUCGAUGCUGUUGCUGCAGGAUUCCUACUACGCUUGGAUGGAUGUUUGAAGAGGGAUAUAGGUUCGUUCCCCGAGGGUGAAGGUGUCAAGGCAUACAAUAUCUUACAUACAUCCGAACGUUAUGAGAGGUAUCGGGCAUACCUCUCAGCACUUCUUCAAAGGGAGUCAGUCUCAGGGACCUUCCCGCAGGAGCAAAUAGUUGCUGUGCAACGUGCGGUCUACUUGCCUUUCCGUGCUCCCGUUUGA